UCGUAUGAGGCUCAAGGCGCCAGUGCUCAUCCUCUUUUCUACCUUCCAGCUUCAACUUUAUUUUCAUACGAUUUACCAUCUCGGUUCUUCGCUCCUAGUCGACUAUCAAACAAGAUGGAUCCCAUUUCGGCAGCAACGGGGAUCAUCGGGCUAUUCUCAACUUGUCGAGACUGCUAUCUGUUCUUUGGACAAUUGAAGAAUGCGGAUAAAGACAUGCGUCUGAUGAUAGACGAUUUAGACAUCGAAGCGUCCUUCCUUGACUCCUGGGGUUACUAUUGGGGCAUCCAUCCUCCCGGUUCAUCUGGCUCGUCGAAACUAAAGGAUUACCUAAAGCAAAAUGAAUAUAAAGAACAUGGCGUAGCGAAGACCCUAUUAGCAAUCGCAGAGUUGAUGACGGAUGAUGGGCAACUGCUAAAGGAGUAUGGCGUGAAGCUGUCGCUCACAUUCGGCCAAGAUAAGAACCCGAAAAUCAGCGAGCACCGCAUACCAUUCAGGGAUAGCGGCCAAAUUUUAAAAAAUAUCGAAGCGAACAAGGCUGUGAUGAGGAGUCGAAUGGGCUUACUUAGGAGGUGUAAGUGGACAAUUCUAGGAGGCAAGGAUAGAUUCUCCAAGCUUUUGGGAACUCUCCGCCGAUACAAUCAAAAUCUCCAUCAAUUCUGUCCAGAAGGAGCCGAAUAUGAUCUGAGUCAACUCAUGUCCAUGUGUUUCUUAAAUAAUCACCAUGAAUCCAUUCCUCUCCGUCUGGCGUCAAUACGGAUAGGUACCCAAGUCCAGAAAGAGGAAGACCCAUCAACCAAAAGACACCUGGAGCUCCUACGAGACAUGGUGAAUAUCAAGGGCAAGGCAGGUUUUUAUAACACCAAACGGGUGACCGACGCUGAGAGACAUGCCAUGUUCAAGUACAAGGCAGAGAUGCUAUCAUUUCGUCGAGAAGCAAAUUCUUCUACGCUUGCAGUGCUUCAAGAAUCUUCUGGGAGAGUCAUGGUGUACGUCGAGUUCAAAUCAUACAGAGACGAUUCAGGACACGAAAACCAGUAUCAACUGGAUGGCGCUCUCAAACUCGCUCGACUAAUUCUUGACCGUGAAGCAUCUUAUCGGCUCAAAACGAUGCAAUGCCUUGGGCUUUACAGCGAUUCCAACAGGGGAAGAAUUGGGUUCGUAUUCAAAUUACCCAGUCCCCCGAUAUAUCCCUGGAUAAAUCCCAUAUUCUACUGGAAUGCUUAUGAGCCGCAUCGACUCAUAACCGUCAUAUACAGCAACAUAACUCCUUUUGAGCUAGGUUGGCGCUUCGAACUCGCAAAGAGACUUGUGGGUAACGUUAUCCGGCUCCAUUCCGUCGGCUGGCUGCACAAGAAUAUUCGAUCCAGUUCCGUACUCCUUUGCCCUCAGAACCUUAACCUCCGGGGGAAAUUGAGAGAAAGAGACUAUUGCGAACCUCUUCUAAUGGGCUAUGACUUCAUUCGAAUUGAGGCGGAUCCAACCGCGAAUUAUAACCAGGUAGUUCCCACCUUUACGACUCCAAAUACGAUGAAUCAGACGGCAAUUACCAAUGGUGCAGACAAACGCCCCGACAUAUAUCACCACCCGGAUAAGCGCAAUUCACCAGGUCGAGCUUACCAGUACGCAUACGAUAUUUACUCUCUUGGGCUCCUUCUCAUCGAAAUUGGACUCUGGAAACCGCUGUAUUCAAUAGUAAAAGGAGGACAGAAUGUCGAUCCUAACCUUUUCCAGAAGCACGUAUUAGAGAAGGUGGAUAGCGAAGUUGCUGGAGCCUGCGGGCGCACAUACGCCAAUGUCGUAAGAACGUUCAUCACAAUGCAGUCGAAGGGAAGCCCGGAUUCGAUGAAGAUCCAAAGAGAUACCUGUGCUAAGAUGGCCAGCGAGCUUUCUCGAUGCGUUGCUUGAGCAUUAUGUUGUUUUCGAAGUGUGCUGACGAUAACAGUCUCCCGAUUUAGGGCGAGAUUAGAGGAAUAUCCGCGUAUCCCUAGAACCUGUCAGGACUGAUCCAUAGCGUUGGGCGCUCCUAAGGAGUAUUCGUUUCUCGCGAUAUGAUGAUAUUUCUAGACAUGAGUCCACG